GUCGCAGAUUGUGGGGCGUUUCGGAACGAGGCCGAAAGCAGAUAUCGUCAAGGCAUCAUUCUUCUCGACUUUCCACCUCUACUUCCACCUUCACGCCCUUGCAUAUCCUUACCCUAUCGCAUCCUUGCCCGGCUUCUGCCAGACAUUUCUCUUGCGACAUCUCCCUAUGUGAUGGGCAAAUCCUUCCCCGAGCCGCAAGGCGGUGGCUCGUUGAUCCUCGCGUGGCAAGUGAAGCACCGAAAAGUGGUGGUUAUCGGCGGCGGCGAGGUAGCAGCCGGUCGCAUCCUUAAUCUUCUCAACGCCGAUGCGAAAGUGACCGUCAUAAGCCCUCGGGAUGGGUUGAAUGCGGAGGUUGCGCAUCGCGUUGAGCGUAUGCAAGUCCAAUACGUCGACCGCAAAUUCUUGUCCACCGAUCUCGAUGACCCGUCCAUCUCCAUGGUUCUGGUGGCUAUCGACGACCCCGAAGCCAGCACCGAGAUCUGGCAGCUCUGCAAAGAGCGGCGCAUCCCGGCCAACAUUGCCGACGUGCCUCCCGAAUGUGACUUUUACUUUGGCAGCGUGCAUCGCGACGGCCCGUUGCAGAUCAUGGUCAGCACCAACGGCAACGGGCCUAAGAUGGCGAACAUUGUGAGGCGACGGAUCGCCAAGAGUCUGCCGCCCAACAUCGGAGACGCCAUUGCCAAAGUUGGAGAGCUGAGGAAGAGGCUACGCGUUGUUGCGCCUGGAAAUGGCGAGGGGCCCAAGAGGAUGCAAUGGAUGUCCAAGGUGUGCGUGGAGUGGAGCUUAGAAGACCUUUGCAGCAUGGAGGAGCAGGACAUGGACGAGCUGUUGCACUCGUAUCGCCCGAACGUCGUGCCCACGCUCGAGCAAGUCCGGCGCGGAGAGGAGCCGGGGAAGUUUGAGUUUGACGGGUCAUUUGGAUGGGCUUGCGUGAUUUAGAGAGGACUGUGGCUGUCUGAGGGUCGCCAGAGUAUCCAGAGACUGCGGAAGGGCUGCAUGGGUUAUCUUCCUACCGGAACUUGCAAGUCCUAAGAUCCUUGAGCAGCUCUGCGAUCGCAAGACAGGCUAGAUAGACACACCCGCCUUACGGCAUCGUGUUCCAGAUGCAACACGCACGUACGACCAUGAUCAGUAGAAUAAGAAACUCCACCCUCGGUGGCGCAUAUGCUGUCGCGUGUGUUGAGGUGUUGCUUCGUUCACUUGUCGUGGCCCGCCCAUUUGAAUUCUGCCGGACUUCGCCCCACCCGACAACUUCAAAAGGCUGCAGAAUAGCCAACUCACUCCCCA